AUGGAAGUCUUUUAAACAUCAAAUUAGAAAUAAAUUAGAACUAAGUAGAACAAAAAAUAAUUUAAUCUUUUUAUAUUGGGUAAGGCCUAAUUAAAAAAGGAUGAAUAAUAAUUGAAAGACACUUUUUAAUAUUAUAAGCUUAAAGAUGAAUAUUUACAAUAUUAAAUUCAUAAGAAUACAACUAAAGGAUUAAUGUUAUUCUAAAACAAAAGCAUUAAUAAAAGUUUUAUAGAUGCAUCAUCACAUGUUUCUAUUGAAUAAGAUCAAUUAAGAACACGAACUCCUGAUAUUAGAGUAUUGAAGAGAAAGUAGAAUGGGAAAGUUAUAUUUUAAACAAUUCCAAAGAUGAGAUUUCCUUAAUAGUAGUUAGUAUAAAAAAUAGAUUAAGACCUUAUAAUUUAAAGAUUGCAAAUAUAAACUUAUAUGAUAUAUGAAUAUAAAAAGGGUUUAUUUUUUUCAGAGAGAAAUGAUAAAAGAAAAUGA